CUGAAACAGCAGGGCUAAAACUAACAAUCUACUAGGGAUCUUUUACUAACAACUUCCAGACCUUAAGAAAUAGAAUAUCCUGACCCAACUGCUGCAACAGCGGAAAAGGCCCGUUGCAGAUAAACUGAACUGUAAAACAUUGAUUAAGAAAAGGAUUUAAAGCAUUAUUGCUGAAGAGAUAAAAACACAUUUUAGCUUUUGUAGGAUUUUGUUUCUUUUUAAGUGAAAACGACUCGUGAUGGUUCUCCUGUCACUAUGGUUUGUUGUAGCUGGAACUAUAGUAGUGAAUUUGACUUCAGCUGAUAAGGCUGGCAAAAUAGGUGAUAAAACAGAUUUCCUAAAAAAGAGCCUGAGAGAGUAUGGGCUGGUAACUCCAAUUAGUACUGACUCAGAAGGACGCUACUUAUCAAAUCGUCUUUCAGCUAGCCACAAGCAACGAAUCAAAAGGGAUGUAUCUGAAGAUGCUGACCGUGAAAAUAAGAAGCUCUUUUUUAAUGUCACUGCUUUUGGGAGGGAGUUUCAUCUGUGCCUUCACCUCAACAGCAGGCUGGUUGCUCCAGGAGCUGUCGUAGAGUGGCAUGAAGAGGGUGGGGAAUUUGAGAAUGGAACCGGUGUGGAGAAUGGAAGUCACACUCCCUAUAGGACAGAAAGGAUAGUGAAGAAAGAGUUGCUUAGAACAGACUGUGCUUAUAUUGGAGACAUAACAGACAUCCCUGGUGCGACAGUUGCCAUUAGCAACUGUGAUGGACUGGCUGGGAUGAUUCGAACAGGUUCUGAUGAAUACUUCAUUGAACCACUGCAACAGGGGAUGCAGAGAAAUGAAGAUGAAGGGAGAGUUCAUGUAGUGUACCGAAGGUCAGCUGUCCAACAGGCAUCCCCUGACAUAUCCACUGACUUCCAAAUUGCUGAGCCUGAACUUGAUGUUACCGCAUCGCUUGAUGACAUCUCCGAAGAGCUGAAGGAGACUCUCCGGAAGCGCAGACAUGCGGGGGAUGAUGACUACAACAUUGAGGUCCUCUUGGGGGUAGAUGACUCUGUUGUGCGAUUCCACGGAAAGGAACAUGUUCAGAACUACCUCCUCACACUUAUGAAUAUAGUCAAUGAGAUUUACCAUGAUGAGUCCCUUGGCGCACAUAUAAACGUAGUGCUGGUGAGAAUGAUUAUGCUUGGGUAUGCAAAGUCCAUUAGCCUGAUUGAAAGAGGAAACCCAUCAAGGAGCUUGGAGAGUGUCUGCCGCUGGGCAUUCUCACAGCAGAAGUCGGAUCCAGAUCAUUCAGAGCAUCAUGACCACGCUAUUUUUCUAACCAGGCAAGAUUUUGGACCUGCUGGCAUGCAAGGCUAUGCGCCGGUAACAGGCAUGUGUCAUCCUGUACGUAGCUGUACUCUGAACCAUGAAGAUGGAUUUUCUUCAGCAUUUGUUGUGGCUCACGAAACAGGACAUGUACUCGGAAUGGAGCAUGAUGGCCAAGGCAAUCGCUGUGGUGAUGAGACAGCAAUGGGCAGUGUUAUGGCUCCUUUAGUUCAGGCUGCAUUUCACCGCUACCACUGGUCUCGGUGUAGUGGCCAAGAACUCAAGCGAUAUAUUAACUCGUAUGACUGUCUUUUGGAUGACCCCUUUGAACAUGACUGGCCCAAACUUCCAGAACUGCCAGGAAUUAAUUAUUCAAUGGAUGAACAAUGUCGUUUUGACUUUGGAGUUGGAUACAAGAUGUGCACAGCAUUUCGGACAUUUGACCCAUGCAAGCAACUUUGGUGUAGCCACCCUGACAACCCUUACUUCUGCAAAACCAAGAAAGGGCCCCCACUAGAUGGAACAGAGUGUGCACCAGGACAAUGGUGCUAUAAGGGUCACUGCAUGUGGAAGAAUACCAACCAGCUGAAACAGGAUGGUAGCUGGGGAUCCUGGGCAAAGUUUGGUUCCUGUUCACGAACCUGUGGAACUGGGGUUAGGUUUAGAACUCGUCAGUGCAACAACCCCACGCCUUCAAAUGGAGGUCAGGAUUGCCCUGGUAUAAACUAUGAAUACCAGCUGUGUAACACAGAUGAAUGUCCAAAGCAGUUUGAAGAUUUCAGAGCACAGCAGUGCCAGCAGCGUAAUUCAUACUUUGAGUUCCAGAGUGCAAAGCAUCAUUGGCUCCCCCAUGAACAUCCAGACUCCAUUAAAAGGUGCCAUCUUUACUGCCAAUCAAAGGAAACAGGAGAUGUGGCCUAUAUGAAACAGUUAGUCCAUGAUGGGACACGUUGUUCUUACAAGGAUCUCUACAGCAUCUGUGUGCGUGGUGAAUGCGUGAAUGUAGGAUGUGACAGAGAGAUUGGGUCAAACAAAGUUGAAGAUAAGUGUGGAGUUUGUGGAGGGGAUAACUCGCACUGCAGAACUGUCAAGGGGACUUUUACCAGAACUCCAAAAAAACCUGGUUACCUUAAGAUGUUUGACAUCCCACCUGGUGCCAGACAUGUGUUCAUCCAAGAAGACGAGGCUUCUCCUCACAUUCUUGUUAUACAAAAUCAAGCCACAGGGCAUUAUAUUCUCAAUGGCAAAGGAGAGGAAGCAAAAUCUCGGAACUUUAUUGACCUGGGAGUGGAGUGGGAUUACAUCAUCGAGGAAGACAUAGAGACCCUUCACACCAAUGGACCGUUACAUGAUGCAGUUGUUGUCUUGAUUAUACCUCAAGACAAUGACACAAGAUCAAGUUUGACAUACAAAUAUAUCAUUCAUGAGGACUCUGUACCCACAAUUAGUACGGGUAACAACAAUGUACUACAGGAAAAUGCAGACUUAUUCGAGUGGGCUUUGAAGAGCUGGUCACAGUGCACAAAACCUUGUGCAGGAGGUUCACAGUACACUAAAUAUGGAUGCCGGAGAAAGAAUGACAACAAGCUGGUUCAUCGCAGUUAUUGUGAUGCAAACAAAAAGCCAAAGCCCAUUCGCAGGAUGUGUAACCUUCAGGAGUGCACUCAGCCUAUUUGGAUCACAGACGAGUGGGAACACUGCACUAAAACCUGCGGAAGUUCUGGAUAUCAAAUCCGUACAGUGCUUUGCAUGCAAGUCCUUAAUGAUGGAACAAACCGCUCAGUUCACAGUAAAUACUGUAGUGGGGAAAAGCCUGAAAGUCGAAGGUCAUGCAAUAGAGCUCCAUGCCCUGCACAGUGGAAAACUGGAUCCUGGUCAGAGUGCUCUGUAACAUGUGGAGAAGGAACUGAGCGCAGAUCUGUCACAUGUCGCACAGGGGAUCACUGUGAUGGAGAGAAACCAGAAUCUGCCAAAAUAUGCACACUUGCUCCUUGCAAUGAUGAACUAUGUACGGGAGACAAGUCUAUAUUUUGUCAGAUGGAGGCGCUCGCAAGAUAUUGCUCUAUCCCAGGAUACAGUAAGCUUUGUUGCGAGUCCUGCAGCAAGCACACUAGCACCCUCCCCCCUUCAUCCCUGCCUGAGGUAGCUAACACCGAAGAUGAAAUCAGCUUUGAUUAUUCUGUUCAGAUUCCUGGACUCAUAACCAUACCAACCUCCACACAAAAUACUUCAGUCUCUGUUUCCAACAGAAAAGGCUCUCAAAGCCGUAGAUCAGCCACAGAAGGUGAUCGGGUUGUUUCUUUAGCUGAUGAGAAGUCAAAAUCUACAGAUUCAAAAAAAGUUAACUCAGCAGGCAGUAAGACUUACAGGUUGGUAGCAAUGCAAUACCAGCCUCGUUCAAGCAAAACCACCAGUAAUUACUCUGCAUUGGUAGUCGAUAAUCCACCACCUGAAAGUAACAGCAGUUCAUCAGUCCCUCUGUCACCUGAGGCAUUUACAAGGAAGACUGAGAGACAUGUGGACAGGAGGUGGCCCACCAGGUCUUCUACUGUGGAAAGAUGAAGGUGGGCACCUGAAUAACAAGGACUAUUUGUAAAACCAAUGUGGACAUAAUGGUGCAUCCUGCAAAAAAUUCAUUUUUAAAUCCACAACAUUUAUAAAAAUCAAAAAAAUUGUAAAAGUGCUGGUUCACUUGUAUGUUAUUGGCUUCCUGUACCAGUAAAUCAGUAAUUUGUCUGUAAUGACUGGAAAUGCACCAAAGAUAUGCUCAAAAAGGAUGGAUUACUUUGGCUGUUCCUCUAAUAAAAGUCAAGGAAGUUUUGCACUUCAGCUGAAGUUAUAAAAUAUAUAUUUAAAAAAAACAAAAAAAAAUUUAAAAAGAUAAGUUAUAUAGACUAUACCGGACUCCAGCAAAUUUGUUGUUUUUACUAAUUUGCCUGUUUUUGUUAAAUAUUAGAUAUUUAUAAGCAACUGCAGCUGUUGUGUAAAUAAUGUAUAUGCAAAACAUCAGUAGUAUUUUUAAAGAACGCAAGUUGUAAUGAUGCGUUCUUUUUAACAUAGUUACAUGGACAUUAUAUUGGGUGCCUGCCAUUCCUUAACUUAUUGUUUAUAGAAUAAAAAUGUAAUGAUUCAUUGUACAUGGGCUUAAAGACAAUAAGUUAAUAUGAUCAAAUUUCAAUUUCAGUUCGUUUUCUGAAAACAUCUAUAGUGUAGACAAAAAAAAAAAAAAACUGCCAAAAACAUAAGAACAAGCUAUACUUCUAUGUCAAAAGAUACACUCUAUACCACUUCAUUUUUCUUUGAAUAGUUUGAAUGGUGCUAGCUUGAAAUUACAGUGCUGUAAAAAAAAAAUCUGUAUUCUAGGUACUGUAUCCUUACAAAAUAAUAGAACUCAAGGAGUGAUAGGUGAGUAGUGCAAAAUAACGUUUUCAUUUACAGAUGUCAUUCAUACUCUGUACGUUCCAAAAGGCAGAUAAGCUUUCAAGGUUAUUUUUUUAAGUUUUGUAGGGAACUUUUUAAGUGCCAUUUAUACAGUAGACAUGUUGCCUUUAAGUUAGUUUGUGAUUAAAAUAAGUAAAUAAAUGGGUGAGAGCUAUUUAUUUCAACAGGUAUCACCUCACUAUCACAAUGCACCUGACUGCAAUAGCAAUUUAUAUCAAUUUUAUCAGUCUAUUUUUCAGUUCAGACAGUCAUACUUUCCUGUGUGUUCCUGUAUAGUACUUGUAUAUAGUACUGAGAACCUAAAAUAUUUAUUAAAUAUUGAUGUUCUUAUAGUAUUUUAUGUAGUAAAUAAUAUGAUAAAAAGCAGUGAAUAACUAUUUGCCAACAUAUAGAAGGAAAAAUUACACAUGGUACGUGUUAAAUGCAUGUAACAAUGACCAUAGCUGACAAAACUAAAUCUAAAAAAAAAAUGUUUAAAUCUAAGAAGCAUUUUUAAAUUAACAAAUAUAUGACAAUGGUUUUGACAAGCAUUUUAGGGUUUCAAUCGUUUACUAAAAAAUUGACUUGCAAUUAUAAUAUUUGUAAAGUUUCCCUAGACAAAGCUGUUUUUUUAUCACAGCAAAUGUAGAACUAAAGAAACAUUAAUAUUCUUUUUUCGUUGUUAUUAUUAUUAUUAUUAUUAUUAUUAUUAUUAUUAUUAUUAUUAUUAUUAUUAUAUUAUUAUUAUUGUUUAUUUUUAAAAAACAAAAUCAUAUGAUUGUGAAAUUAUCUCCAUGAUAAUUUGGGGUAGUUGAAGGAAAAUAUAUACAGUAAGUGUAGUCGUCAACUAACAAUGUUGAAGCUCAUAGUGCUACACUGUGGAAGUCUUUUUGUUGUCUUGCUUGUCAUGUAACCCCUUGACUCAUUGCCUCUAAAGAAUUGCUGCUACCUUUAUGCAAGGCUUUCUAUGGUCAAAGAGAAGCUAGUAUUUUAUAGAUUUUAUAUUGACAAUCCCUGAGCCUCGAACAGAUAUAGUAUAUAUUAUGUAUGUAUCCCUGGUACUCCCCAAAUGUAAAAAUAUGAAUGCAGAGAUUCUUUGUAUUAUUUUUUACUGUUGUUUUGCUUGUUUUGUACCAAGUCAUUUUUUUUCUGUUUUAAGUGUACACUACUGAUGCUGUUUGUUGUAUUGGGGAGCACAUAGCAAUAAAGUCUUAACAAAACUUCAAA